CACGCAGGUCAACCUAUGGAUGUUUCAGGUCAAGCUCCUCCAAUAAGGGUAGAGCCAGUGACGGAGAUCUGCCUGGGAUGUAUAUGUGAGGCCAUCUCCAACUGUAACCGUACACUCCAAUGUACUGGGGAUGUGUGCGGUAUCUUCCGUAUCACCUGGGCUUACUGGGCAGACGCCGGCAAGCCCACACUCACUCCGCAGGAUGACGUCAAUGCACCCGAUGCAUACGCAAGAUGUGUCAACGACCCUGUGUGUGCUGGAAAGGCUGUCACCGGAUACAUGAAUAAAUUUGCUCAGGACUGUAACGGUGACGGAGUGGUGAACUGCUACGACUACGCCGCCAUCCACCGACUGGGUGGGUACGGCUGCCGCGGUAACGUCGACGUCCCUUACCAGAACAAGUUUCUGAACUGCCUCAAACAGGUGGAGCCCUACCUCACCGGCUAACACGUCAUCGACAACCUACAACCACGUCCGUGCCAUCUUCGCGCUGGGGCAGAAUUCUAUGUCUGUGUAAUUCAUUUUUAAAGACUGAAUUUAACGUAAGCCUACUAAAAAAUAAAUGGAUCUACCUGUAAUGAACAUUGCAAAAUCUAUUUGUCUUUAAAUUAACAAUUUAAACUAAUUAAUGGUUUUUGUUGAUUUGCUAAAUACAGUAAACCAGUUUUAUACAGGUAUAUAUGUUAUUUUUUUAAGUUAAUUUCUUUGGCCAAUUAAUUAACCGUGUCAUAUGUUAAUUAAUAAAUUAUCCUCGAUCAC